GUGCGACUUCGCUUCCGUCACCCGGUAGGGCAACGCAGGAAAACCGCUGCCGAGCAGAUCGGCGCUCGGCUUCUUCGGCCUGCCACAACGGAGGCUUCUUUGGCAGUCAGAGCUCAAACCCCCACUUGCCCGCGGAAAUGCCACUGUGACUUGGCAGGGAGAGUGCAGUGCUACAGAGUUGGAGAAGUGCCUAAAGAGAUUGCUAAAACUACCAGGGGAAUUUACAUCAGCCAUGGCAAGAUCAAACACCUCCAGGUAACUGACAUCAGCAGCAUGUCUGCCCUUGAAGAAUUUGUCCUGACCUGGAGUGGGACAGAAUCAGUAGAGAAUAACACUUUCAAAGCUCUGGAUGCAUUGAGGACCUUGGAACUUCGGAAAAAUAAACUAAGGCACAUACCUACCUUGCUUCCAGGAAGCCUUGAAGUACUGAAGCUGGGGGACAAUUUAAUAAGUGUUGUACAUGAAUCUCAUUUUGAAGGUUUACAAAAAUUAAGGGUACUUGAAAUACAAAGCAAUGUGAUUUUGGCUCUUUCUUUUAGUACUCUCUCCUCCCUCAGCAGCUUACAAAGUUUGACUUUGGAUGGAAAUAAUAUGGAAUAUGUGUCUGGAACCUUCUACCUACCCAACCUAAAGUAUCUUAGCAUGGAAAACAAUAAGCUGCAGUCUUUCUCAGGAGGAUUUUUUAUAUCUCUUUGCAAUUUGCUAUUUCUCAACUUAAAUGGCAAUUUACUGACAAGCACACCUUCAGAUCUGCCUGCAUCUUUAUUGACAUUGAAGUUAGAGAGAAACCAGCUCAAAAUGCUAAAAUUUGGAGAUAUGAGGCAAAUGGCACACUUGUCAGAGCUUUUCCUGUCUGAAAAUCAGCUUUCAUCACUUGAGGGCGUAGAGUUUCUUUCCAGUUUAACUAGACUGGAGCUGUCUGGGAAUAAACUCCAGAUAAUCCCAUCCAGAUUACCAGUCACGUUACAGAAAUUUGAUUGCAGCAAUAACCUGAUUGAGAGAAUAAAGGCGCAAGAUUUCAGGGAACUACAUAGCCUAAAGCACUUCUUCCUUGACAACAAUGUUGUUGCCACAUUUGAAGAUGGGGCACUUCAGAACUGCACGCAACUGUCUAAUCUGGCACUUGAACAAAAUCUACUUAGUUCUAUUCCAUUAAGACUCCCACAUACACUAGCCAGACUGGAUCUGAAAGGAAACAGCAUACAAAGAAUUAAGGAGCAGGAACUGAAGAAUUUAAGGCACCUGCAGGUCUUAAACCUACGGAACAACAAUAUAUCCACCAUAGAUCACAGUCUCUGGAAAUAUUUACCUCGACUCAGAUACCUAUAUCUGGACAGCAACCCAUGGAAUUGCACUUGCGAAUUCCUCAAAACCAGAAGGGUGCUCACAGCCAAAGGCAUAGAUGUUAAAGGAGGAAAAUGUAAAGCACCAUCAGAAAGCCAGGGUGAAAGCUGGAUGUCUUCAAGAAAGGUUCUGCAUUUGUGUGCACACAACAAUCUGUAUUCAUUAGAAGAAGGAGAAGAAAUAGGAAAGAACACAAGCGUUGAUAAUCCCUCCAGUCUCAGAGUAAACAUGGAUGAUUAUUAUGAUUAUGAAAUAUAUUAAACAGAAGUCCCCAGUAAAUUGCAAACUCGAGAUUAAUUCGGUCCUCCAGAGCAAUCUAUCCCUGACAUUUUUUCAUUUUGACCUACAAAAUUGUAUGUAGUCAGCAGCUUCUAAACCUAUUGAAAUCAUUAGCUCUACCCAGGAUUGACCUGGUAAGGCUGGGCUGUUACAUUCUUCCUGUUUCCAAAUGUUUGGAAUGGAAAUGAGACAAAUCUAGUGCUGUAUUAAUGUUGUUUAGACAACACUUCAGUGGGGCCCUAAUGAUGGUAUUUGGGUGGCUAUACACAAACCUGGUUUCAGUACUGUUUGCACAUGAAAAAAGUUUGGGGUGAACCGACCUGUUUCGUUUCUGAUCAGUGGAUGUACUAUAGCUUCCUGCUAAAAUCCUGUAAUUUUUCAUACAGCAAAUGUCCAGGGUGUGUGUUCUGCUUUUGUUGUGUUGUAAUUCAAGUGCCACUUCAUACAACACUAAUGUUGGCUAUCUAUAGCAAUUACUUGUAUAAGCAAGAUAUUCGUAUUUGAGAGUGUGGGUAGGCAGGGUGGUAGUGUUUUGAAAUCACAAAGUGCUUUGUUAGAAUCCACUUCGCUGUGCAUUUAAUAUGAGGUGUCAUGGGAAAAACAAUAAUGCGAAUAAAUGAAAAUUAGUAGUACACCAAUAAAAUUGACUAAACGUA